AACCGAUCGUUUUGUAACUGAAUAUCCACAAAAAGCUGCAACACAAACACUUGCUGAGAACUUCUCUCACUCACUGUGUGUAUGUGAAAGAGAGAGAGAGAGCCGACAAUGGCGGGAUUGAAUAUAUUAUCUCAGACUCCGUCGCCAUGGCAGCUGUCAGCUUCAUCCACAUCAUCAUCAAUAUCAUAUUCUUUAAGAUUUCCACAUUUUUAUGAUUUUAAUAAUAAUUACAAUUGCGGCGAUUUCAAAUGCUCGACAAAUUUUCCCCUUUCUGGAAACCCAAGACCAAAGCGUCCAACUUUAUCCUCUCAAAUGCUGCCUCACUUCUCCAAUUCUUCAGGCAGUGAAUGUUCAUGGAUGCAAGAUAAAUCCGCUUCUUGUGAUAAUUUUUCCCCUAAUGGAAGGAAGCAAGGUGCAUUGAAUGCUGCGUCUUCAAAAGAACGAGCACUAGUUUCUUCUGUGGACGAUCUUUAUGACUUCAUAUGCUCAGGCCCACUCAUCAGUAAGAUUGGUCUGACACCAGAAAAGGUGGCCGAGUCCAUUGACGAGUGGAUAGAGUAUGGAUUACGGCUUUGUAGAUUGUUUCAACUCAAUCAGUUGUCUCUCAACGAGGCCCAAAAAAUUCGAAUCUACCACUACUAUAUUCCAGUCUUCUUGUGGUGUGAACAAGAAAUUUCGCAGCAUAGUUCUAAGUUCAAAGAAGAAGAAGAAAUCCCUCCAUUGGUGAUUGGCUUCAGUGCGCCUCAAGGAUGUGGAAAGACAACACUAGUAUUCGCAUUAGAAUAUCUUUUUAAAAUCACAGGGAGGAAAGCUGCGACAGUAUCCAUUGAUGAUUUUUACUUAACAGCAGAAGAACAGGCAAAACUAAGAGACAGCAACCCAGGGAACUUGCUUUUGGAGUUUCGUGGAAAUGCUGGAAGCCAUGAUCUUCCAUUUUCUGUUGAGACUCUGACAGCACUAAGUAAAUUGACAAAAGAAGGUGUGAAGGUGAAGCUUCCAAGAUAUGAUAAAUCUGCUUACAAUGGUAGAGGUGACAGAGCUGAUCCCUCCGAAUGGCCAGAGGUUGAAGGGCCUCUACCGGUAAUUCUGUUUGAAGGAUGGAUGCUUGGUUUCAAACCCCUUCCACCAGAAGUUGUCAAAGCUGUUGAUCCACAGCUAGAGACGAUCAACAAGAACUUAGAAGCUUAUUAUGAUGCAUGGCAUAAGUAUAGCUUUUUUGCAACUUGGCUCCUCCCUAGGCUUUUUUUAUGA